AUGAUGAAAUCAACCCUCUCAUUGUUAUUAAGAAACCAAAAUAGAAUUUCAAAUGUAAAGAAUGUAUACACAUACUCUACAUCUUCAUCAUUGGUCAAUACAAACAAUAAUGUCAAUGGAUAUAUGAGAACAUUCAGCACAGCAGCUUCACCUGCAGCAGAGAUCAAGGUACCAGUACCAUUGAUCCAAGAAUUGAGAAAGAAGACAUCUGCACCAAUCACUGACUGCAAGAAGGCCUUGCAAGCAAGUGAAAACGAUAUGGACAAGGCUAUUGCUUGGUUACUCGAAAAGGGUAAAGCCACCGCUGUCAAACUUUCCAACAGAGUAUCGUAUGAAGGUGUCAUCUCUGUCUUUGUCAAUAAUAACAAGGGUAUGAUCCUCGAAGUCAACAGUGAGACUGAUUUUGUUAGUCGUGGUGAAACCUUUAGACAAUUGGUUGGUGACAUUUCAUCGCUCACUGUCGAGUCUGGCGCUGCCCUCAAGGGUAAUAACGACAAGAUUGCCGAUGUCUCUGUUGAAGAACUCGGUCGUCAAACCAUCUCAUUGGACAAUGAAACCGUCUCUGUGCAAGAGGCCUUUGUCCGUACCGUUGCCAAGUUGCGUGAAAACCUUAUCAUGCGUCGUGCCUCUGGUAUCCAAGCCACCAACCCACAUACAGUCAUUGCCGGUUAUGCCCAUGAUCCAAAUGGAACCAAGAAGUUUGGUCGUUUAGGUAGUUUGGUCAGCAUCGAAUACGAAAACAACAGCAACAUUGAUCUUGCUGCCAUCAAGGCCUUUGCCGAUCAAAUCGCUGUCCACAUUGUCGGUGUUGGACCAUCAUUUGUAUCGAUUCAAGACGUUCCAGAGGAAAUGCUCGAGGAAUGCAAAAAGAAUAAGAGACAUCCAAACGGUCUCUAUGACGAAGUCGUCCUCCUCGAACAAAAGUUCAUCUCUGGCGAAGAAGGUGAAUCUGUCAAGGAAGCUGUUGACCGUUACUCCAAGCAAUUAGGUACCAAUCUCACUGUUAAAUCAUUUGUUCGUUAUGCUGUUGGUGAAGGUAUGGAAAAGAAAGAAGAAAACUAUGCUGCCGAAGUUAUGGAAAAGUUAAAUGCUACCAAAAAGUAA